UAACCAGUAGUUUCAGAAAGGAUACACACACGGUUUGAAAAUCUGAUCUCUGCUCGAAUAAUUGGAAAAGAAGCAUGGAAAAAGUCUUGCUAACUUAUCUUGUUCUCGUUUUAGUCGGGCCACAAAUCGCAAGAACAACAGGAGAAACAAAGUGGAGAGAAGACGGGCGAUGUGGUCCUGAUUACCUUCUCUCUGAUGGGACUCCAGCUCAGUGUAAUCCUGAUGUUGAGUACAGCUGCUGUUCUCCACAGGGGUAUUGCGGGAGAACACCAGAUCACUGCUUGUGUCAAACCUGCAUUGACUACAAACAGUGUGUUGAUAAAGCGGAUGAGGAUGGAUUAGACUACAGGGGAACUGUAUCUGUCACAGUAUCAGGAAACGUCUGCCAGAGAUGGGACUCUCAAUCACCUAAUGAACACAGUGCAACUGCUGAGAGAAAACCUGAUUCAGGACUGCAUGAGAACUAUUGCAGAAAUCCAGACGGUGAAUCAGGCGCCUGGUGUUAUAAUGGUGAGGGAACUGUGCCUCGAUGGGAGUACUGUGAUAUACCUAUAUGCGCUGUUGACGGAGGCUGGUCUGAAUUCUCGGAAUGGUCUGAGUGUUCGGUUGCAUGCGGAGGAGGACGUCAAAGUAGAAGCCGAAGUUGUUCCAACCCUGCUCCAGAAAAUGGAGGGGCUGAUUGCGAUGGAGGCGAUCGGCAAUCUAUGGACUGCAAUGCUGACCCUUGCCCCGUUGACGGAGGAUGGUCUGACUUUUCUGAUUGGUCUGAGUGCUCGGUUGCAUGCGGAGGAGGACGUAAAAGUAGAAGCCGAAGUUGUUCCAACCCUGCUCCAGAAAAUGGAGGGGCUGAUUGCGAUGGAGGCGAUUUGCAAUCUAUGGACUGCAAUGCUGACCCUUGCCCCGUUGACGGAGGAUGGUCUGACUUUUCUGAUUGGUCUGAGUGCUCGGUUGCAUGCGGAGGAGGACGUAAAAGUAGAAGCCGAAGUUGUUCCAACCCUGCUCCACAAAAUGGAGGGGCUGAUUGCGAUGGAGGCGAUUUGCAAUCUAUGGACUGCAAUGCUGACCCUUGCCCCCUCGUUGACGAGUGUGUUGAUAAAGCGGAUGAAGAUGGAUUAGACUACAGGGGAACUGUAUCUGUCACAGUAUCAGGGAACGUCUGCCAGAGAUGGGACUCUCAAUCACCUAAUGAACACAUUGCAACUGCUGAGAGAAAACCUGAUUCAGGACUGCAAUGGAACUAUUGCAGAAAUCCAGACGGUUCAAAUGGCGCCUGGUGUUAUAAUGGUGAGGGAACUGUGCCUCGAUGGGAGUACUGUGAUAUACCUAUAUGCGCUAUUGACGGAGGCUGGUCUGAAUUCUCGGAAUGGUCUGAGUGUUCGGUUGCAUGCGGAGGAGGACGUCAAAGUAGAAGCCGAAGUUGUUCCAACCCUGCUCCAGAAAAUGGAGGGGCUGAUUGCGAUGGAGGCGAUCGGCAAUCUAUGGACUGCAAUGCUGACCCUUGCCCCGUUGACGGAGGAUGGUCUGACUUUUCUGAUUGGUCUGAGUGCUCGGUUGCAUGCGGAGGAGGACGUAAAAGUAGAAGCCGAAGUUGUUCCAACCCUGCUCCAGAAAAUGGAGGGGCUGAUUGCGAUGGAGGCGAUUUGCAAUCUAUGGACUGCAAUGCUGACCCUUGCCCCGUUGACGGAGGAUGGUCUGACUUUUCUGAUUGGUCUGAGUGCUCGGUUGCAUGCGGAGGAGGACGUAAAAGUAGAAGCCGAAGUUGUUCCAACCCUGCUCCACAAAAUGGAGGGGCUGAUUGCGAUGGAGGCGAUUUGCAAUCUAUGGACUGCAAUGCUGACCCUUGCCCCCUCGUUGACGAGUGUGUUGAUAAAGCGGAUGAAGAUGGAUUAGACUACAGGGGAACUGUAUCUGUCACAGUAUCAGGAAACGUCUGCCAGAGAUGGGACUCUCAAUCACCUAAUGAACACAGUGCAACUGCUGAGAGAAAACCUGAUUCAGGACUGCAAUGGAACUAUUGCAGAAAUCCAGACGGUUCAAAUGGCGCCUGGUGUUAUAAUGGUGAGGGAACUGUGCCUCGAUGGGAGUACUGUGAUAUACCUAUAUGCGCAAUUGACGGAGGCUGGUCUGAAUUCUCGGAAUGGUCUGAGUGUUCGGUUGCAUGCGGAGGAGGACGUCAAAGUAGAAGCCGAAGUUGUUCCAACCCUGCUCCAGAAAAUGGAGGGGCUGAUUGCGAUGGAGGCGAUCGGCAAUCUAUGGACUGCAAUGCUGACCCUUGCCCCGUUGACGGAGGAUGGUCUGACUUUUCUGAUUGGUCUGAGUGCUCGGUUGCAUGCGGAGGAGGACGUAAAAGUAGAAGCCGAAGUUGUUCCAACCCUGCUCCAGAAAAUGGAGGGGCUGAUUGCGAUGGAGGCGAUUUGCAAUCUAUGGACUGCAAUGCUGACCCUUGCCCCGUUGACGGAGGAUGGUCUGACUUUUCUGAUUGGUCUGAGUGCUCGGUUGCAUGCGGAGGAGGACGUAAAAGUAGAAGCCGAAGUUGUUCCAACCCUGCUCCACAAAAUGGAGGGGCUGAUUGCGAUGGAGGCGAUUUGCAAUCUAUGGACUGCAAUGCUGACCCUUGCCCCCUCGUUGACGAGUGUGUUGAUAAAGCGGAUGAAGAUGGAUUAGACUACAGGGGAACUGUAUCUGUCACAGUAUCAGGAAACGUCUGCCAGAGAUGGGACUCUCAAUCACCUAAUGUACACAUUGCAACUGCUGAGAGAAAACCUGAUUCAGGACUGCAUGAGAACUAUUGCAGAAAUCCAGACGGUGAAAAUGGCGCCUGGUGUUAUAAUGGUGAGGGAACUGUGCCUCGAUGGGAGUACUGUGAUAUACCUAUAUGCGCUGUUGACGGAGGCUGGUCUGAAUUCUCGGAAUGGUCUGAGUGCUCGGUUGCAUGCGGAGGAGGAUCUCAAACUAGGAGCAGAAGUUGUUCCAACCCUGCUCCAGAAAAUGGAGGGACUGAUUGCGAUGGAGGCGACUUGCAAUCUCGAGACUGCAAUGCUGACCCUUGCCCCAUUGAUGGAGGAUGGUCUGACUUUUCUGAUUGGUCUGAGUGCUCGGUUGCAUGCGGAGGAGGAUCUCAAAGUAGAAGUAGAAGUUGUUCCAACCCUGCUCCAGAAAAUGGAGGGACUGAUUGCGAUGGAGACGAUUCGCAAUCUCAAGACUGCAAUGCUGACCCUUGCUCCGUUGACGGAGGAUGGUCUGCCUUUUCUGAUUGGUCUGAGUGCUCGGUUGCAUGCGGAGGAGGAUCUCAAAUUAGGAGCAGAAGUUGUUCCAACCCUGCUCCAGAAAAUGGAGGGACUGAUUGCGAUGGAGACGAUUUGCAAUCUCGAGACUGCAAUGCUGACCCUUGCCCCAUUGAUGGAGGAUGGUCUGACUUUUCUGAUUGGUCUGAGUGCUCGGUUGCAUGCGGAGGAGGAUCUCAAAGUAGAAGUAGAAGUUGUUCCAACCCUGCUCCAGAAAAUGGAGGGACUGAUUGCGAUGGAGACGAUUCGCAAUCUCAAGACUGCAAUGCUGACCCUUGCUCCGUUGACGGAGGAUGGUCUGCCUUUUCUGAUUGGUCUGAGUGCUCGGUUGCAUGCGGAGGAGGAUCUCAAAGUAGAAGUAGAAGUUGUUCCAAUCCUGCCCCAGAAAAUGGAGGGGCUGAUUGCGAUGGAGACGAUUCGGAAUCUCAAGACUGCAACGCUGACCCUUGCCUUUGGAGAAACGACAAGCGAUGUGGUCCGGAGUUCCCCCUCGCGGAUGGCUCUCCCAGUCAGUGUAACCCUGACCACCCAAAAGGCGCUGUUUGCUGUUCUAAGUGGGGACGGUGCUCAUCCGUACCAAGAUAUUGUACUUGUCCUACCUGCGUCAACUACGGCCGAAACUGCGACGGUGGCCCUUGCCCUACAGUUGACGGAGGCUGGUCUGAAUUUGGGGAAUGGUCUGAGUGCUCGGUUUCAUGCGGAGGAGGAUCUAAAUUUAGAAGUAGAAGUUGUUCCAACCCUGCCCCAGAAAAUGGAGGGGCUGAUUGCGAUGGAGACGAUUUGGAAUCUCAAGACUGCAACGCUGACCCUUGCCUUUGGAGAGACGACAAUCGAUGUGGUUCGAAGUUCCCCCUCGCGGAUGGCUCAACCAGUCAGUGUAACCCUGACCACCCAAGAGGCGCUGUUUGCUGUUCUAAGUGGGGACGGUGCUCAUCCCAAAAAAAAUGGUGUACUUGUUCUACCUGCGUCAACUACGGCCGAAAAUAGAAUUUGAGAACAUAUCGUCGACUAGAAAAACAGCAGAUGGGUGUAAAAGAAUUUGAAGCAUGAUUUGGACAAUUUCUCGUCGAGAGAGCACUAAGAUUUGGAUAUUUGUAAAGAGGUCAACCAUAUUUGUUUGAUAUAUGACAGUGCAAUUCUGGGUUUGAUCAUUAUUCAAUACUGGAAGCUUAUUUGAAGUUAUUCGCUGUCAUCUGUCACUGUCAGGAAAUAUGGAUUUCAUCCCCAUUUAUUAUAGUAGUAGUACCCAGAUCUGUACAAUGCAUUGAAAAAAAUUGUAACAAA